UUUGGGUUUGACGUUACCAUGUGUGCGCCUCGUUGCAAUGGUUUUGUGGCUCUUAAUGUUCAUAAGUGGAGUCCUUCUGGGACUUGGUGUGUCACAUGUUUGGAAAUGGCGUCCUUCGAGCAGAUCACCAUCCAGUGCACAGGCUCGCAGAAGGCGCCAAUAUGUUCCUCGUGGUUCUGGAGGAGAACAAAUCAGAGGCAGCUCGGCGGAUGCACAACGGACAGUUCUUUGUGAGGAUGCAAUAGCUUGGCUACAAAGCAUUUCUGCACUACCAACAGGCAGCUGCGUUUUGACAGGCGUGCCAGACAUUCAUGAGUUGGAUAACAUUACCUUGGCUGGUUAUGUCGAGUGGUUCCAGAUGACUGUGAAGCUUAUUCUGGAGAAAUUGCCUGCCCAAAGCCGAGCCAUUUUCAUGCAGACAGACGUGAAGGUGACCAAAGACGGCAACCAUGGGCGGAAUGCCAAGGGCGGCACUUAUUGGCAAUGGUUGAACAAGGCCCAUCUUGCCAUUCUUGCUGCCUCAGACAUGCCUGGGGUGCGCUUGCUGUGGCACCGCAUCAUUUUCUCUGGAAAAAUCGUCGGCGGUGGUCGAAGCGGCUUCAGCGCUGGAUAUACCCACUACCUUUGCUUCACCAAUGACGAGGCUGAUGAAUCCUUGGAUCGUGGGUUUCCAGAUGUGAUUCGCAAAGGUCUUUCUACUUGGACUAGCGGCGCUGGCGUGAAUUCCGUAGAGCUGGCUUGCAAUUAUUUGAAGUCGUGCGGCUGCCGCAUAGUUGUGGAUCCGUUCUGUGGCUCGUGAGACUGAAAGUGUUCUUAUGGGAGCAAGUUCUUGUUGACUGUGUCGAGUUUUUCAGUUCACUCCAAGAACUAGGUGGUUGGUACGUUGAGAAGUGCACAUACAACGUUUUAAGUUAGUCACAGUAUAUGCUGUUAUCGUUGGGAAGGUAGGUUUGGGAUAGGCUAUACUCAAGGCUUCUAUUCAUUUGAUCUUUAUAUUUGCUAUGGUGAUCGCCUGCAAAUAUUAUUGCUGCAAUUUUGGCGAACAGGGUGGGGUUGAUCACUCAGGAUAGAUCCCAGGCAAAGAUCAUGCCGAGUUCUAUUUCCUUUAAACUGGGUCUUAUGAAUGAAUUCUGAAAGCACAAUCUAAUGCCGAAACCCAGCACAAAGAAUCUAACCACAAAAAUGUCAAGCAAAUGCGCAUGCAGACAC